AGGGAAAGAGAGAAAGGGACUGUUUUGGCUUUUUGAGAUGAUAGAGAUAUGCACGGAUCUGUUAGACGAGAGGUUGAAUGGUACAGAAAAUCACUCGGCAAAUCCGUCCCUACUGCAGCAGUCUUCUCUGACUUUUGCUUUUCAGAAAAAUGCCUUUCAAGCAGUCUAAUAGAUCACAGGGAGAUUUUGAACUUUUAAGUCUCUUGAACUUGAUUUUGUGCUGUUUAACAUCGCUCUUGCGCAGAGGAUCAGUCACUGCAUUUUGGAGAGGAUAUUUGGAGGAUGAUUUUCUUAUUGGAGGAUCUUGACGAAACUUCACUUAAUGCACUUGCUAUGCUCAAUUGUGCACUAAGGUCCAGCUCCUGAGAUCCACUGAUCUUGGCCGCCACAGUUUGCUUUAUAUAAAGGAGAUUGGACAUGGCUGGUUUGGCAAGGUAAGUGUAGUUGGUUUAUUGUUUAUUGUUUAUUUGUUUUGUAUGUUUGCGCACCUCACAGACGUGGACGCCCUAAGCGUGUUCUGCUACGCAUCAAAGGUUUAGCGCUGUAGUUUAGUCCCAGGGAUGUGAAAAUAUCUUCCACCUCGAUAAUACGUAAGCUUUGAUGUUGGACUUGUGUCUUGAAUGUUCCCUGUGAGAAUUUGAUAUUUCUGUGUAGCUGUGAAUUCCAGAAGCACUUCAGUGUUUUAUAGGAAUAACUGUGCCUCGUUCAUUCUCAUUCUUUCUCUCUUUCUCUCUACUUCUUUGUCUUUUUGUAACACACACAUACAUAAACACACACACUACCCCAAUUUUCCCAACUUUCCAUUGAAUGGGUAUGUCCAUCUGUAUGUCUGUGUCUCUGUGGCUGCAUGUUUACCGAUGUCUCAUCUGGUUUUGUAUUGUUUCGUCUGCGUUUCCUUUCGAGCAUCUUUUUGCAUGAUUCCUGGGCUUGAUUUAAAUCUUUUUGGGUUUGUUUGUGUGGAAUAUCUGUCUUCCAUUUCCUUCCUUCCUUCCUGUGUAUCCAUUUCCUUUAUGUGCACAUCUGUUUGUGUCUAUCCAUAAAUGUGUGUGUUGUCCAUUUUCCCUCUGUUCAUACCUGUAUGUGUGUGUUUCUGUUGUCUUUCCCUUGUGUGUUUGUGUAUAUGUGUGUCGGUGGGAUGUCAUUCGCAGGUAUUGUUGGGGGAGGUUCACUCUGGUCUCAGCAGUACCCAGGUGGUGGUGAAGGAACUAAAGGCCAGUGCCAGUGUGCAGGACCAGAUGCAUUUUCUGGAAGAGGCUCGGCCAUACCGGUCUCUCCAGCAUCCGGCUCUAGUGCAAUGCCUCGCUCAGUGCACAGAGGUCACACCCUACUUAGUGGUCAUGGAGUUCUGCCCACUGGGUGAUGUUAAAGGUUACCUGCGCAGCUGCCGGGCAACAGAUUCCAUGACCCCUGACCCCUUACUACUUCAGAGGAUGGCGUGCGAGAUUACUUCAGGCCUGCUUCACCUUCACAAAAACAACUUCACCCAUAGUGAUCUGGCUUUAAGAAACUGCCUGCUAACAUCAGACGUAAAAGUUAAGAUUGGAGACUAUGGACUAUCGCACAACAAGUACAAGGAUGACUACUUUGUGACAUCAGACCAGACCUGGAUUCCCUUACGCUGGAUUGCCCCUGAACUGGUUGAUGAGGUUCAUGGUAACUUACUGGUGGUGGACCAAACCAAGGAAAGCAACAUCUGGUCACUCGGUGUUACAAUCUGGGAGCUGUUUGAGUUGGGGAAUCAGCCGUACCGCCAUUAUUCAGACCGACAGGUUCUCAGCUAUGCUGUAAAGGACCAGCAAUUGAAGCUGCCCAAGCCACUUCUUAAGUACCCUCUUUCUGACCGCUGGUAUGAAGUCAUGCAGUUCUGUUGGCUUCAGCCUGAUCAGAGGCCCAAUGCAGAAGAAGUUCAUCUGCUGCUUAGUUACCUUUGUGCCAAAGGAGCAAGUGAGGCAGAGGAAGACUUUGAGAGGCGCUGGAACUCCAUGAGACCAAACACAAGCCAUGCUAAUGUCCAUGGAGCCAGUGCACUAGCAAUUGACAUGCCCAUGUCAUCCACCACUUCCUCAUUCCCCCUACUGGAGCAGUUCCCCACUGGGGAUGGCUACCAUUCAGAAUCUGGAGAUGACAUCUUAACAGUUACUGAAACCAGCCAUGGUCUCAACUUCGAGUACAAGUGGGAGCAAGCACGGGCUGAACAACACUACCAUUCCUCAUCAACCACAGGCACUCUGGGUCAAGGCAAUCCCCAUUGUCAGGAGGUCUAUUACCCUCCAGGAGGAAUAGUGGGGGGAUGUGCUGUUGAAGGACUUGCCCUAGGGGUUUCUCCUUCAUAUUAUGAGCCCAAACAAUUACACACCCCUGGUGUGGUACCAGUUCUGAGCGCUCACAGUCCAUCAGUGAGUAAUGAGUACUACAUUCGCAUUGAGGAGCCAAUACAAAGCAAUAUUGAUAUGAAUUUCACCAUGUGUGCUUACAGUCCAGAGUUUGGUGGCAGCAAUGGAAGCUUUCUAACCGGUAGUGGAGACUCUAGGGAGUGUAUGAACUGUCCCCCUGAAGCUAAACCAGACAUUUACUGGUCAGCGGAUAUCCACAAAAGCAGUGCCUAUGAUUCCGACACCAGUCCUGCUAUGUCUCUAACAAUGGAGCCUCUUUUGGGCCAUGGUAGCCCUCUUAGAGCAUGGGAGUCUGGUCACUAUGUCUCAUACAAAGACAGAGAUGGAGGUUACUACUAUGAACCAUCACCUCCUAAGAUCAUGGACCGCUACCUGAUACGAGACCCAACAGAGCCUCCACAAGAGAGCUGGGGGUCUCGAAGCUUAAGACAGGCACUUGGGGAACUGGAGGAGCCUUUAGGUGUCUCACCAUCACUCGGAAGUCCUCCACAAGGCUAUGCUGAUCCUUACUUGGAGAACGUUCAAGGCUCCAUUAUAGGAAAGAACGUUACGGGAGGAUAUUAUGAUAUGAUGGGAUCUUUGAGGAAGACUAUGCCAGGUAGCCACUCAGUUUGUAUUGACAUCGCAUCUGGUGGUGCUAUAUUUGUAGGACGAGAUGACAGCGACUCUGAUGAAGAGGAAGACAUCUUUGUAGAAAGGCGAGGAAGAAGCUGGUCCGCCAGCAAUCCACCAAAUACAAACACAAGGACCUUGCGUCAAAGGCAGGGGUCUUGUAUCCAAGAUUCAUAUGCGGAUUUCCACUACACUAUGCCGAUGACUGACGUUGAGGAUACGUGGCCAGAAGAGCAGACCCUGCCGUACCAUAUGGCCAAACCUGUUGACUACUUAGAGGCAACAGUCAAAAGCAACACUUGCCUGGUGCAUGGAAGACAUGUACCUUCAAACCCUUCACCUGAGUGCAGCUCGUAUAUCCAUAUGUGCCAUGAACCAAGAGAGGCUGAAGUAUAUCCUGUGCCAUGUUGUCAAGCUUUGAGCAGUUCACAUUUUGUAGAUCCUCUAACAGGAACACUUGUGAGGAACUGCUUCAUGAUCGACUGCAUUCCAGGGAAACCCAUUACAUUGCCUAAAAAAGACCAACAUCUAGGCCAAGCACCUUUAUCUGCUGGACAUAUAGUCUCCAAAAUCGAGUCAUCAAGGGAAGGUGCCAAACAGUUUGACCUCUCACACCAAUAUGUGGAUAUUGCAGUGGGGGAAUCAAACUUGAAACAAGAAAAAGCUUUGCAUGAAGAUGCAUCUCCAAUAGAUCCCAAAACCGAAAUGAUUGCCAUCACUCCACAACUGGAGAAAUCCCAAGCAGAGUUGCCCAAAUCAGAGCAAGAGUCAGACUUAAGCAAGACAGCAGACAGUGGAGUGGACCAUGGACGCUCUAGUAUCAGUCUGGUGGAGAUUGAUGACUGCAGCGAUGAUGACAUUACUGACGUAACCUCAGGGAUUUUUGGUGACUUCACUGUUGAAGUGGAAACUGUGGAUUACACCAAUCCAACAUUCAAGUCAUUGCAAAAGCAGGUUGGUACCCCAGACUCCAUGGACUCCAUUGACAUACCAUCUACAGCAUGUUCCAGUGAGACACUCAGUCCUGCCUCCAUCCAUCCGUCAAGCUCUCCCAAGACAGUGGACAGUGGCUAUGACACCGAAAACAAUGAAUCUCCAGAGUUUGUCCUAAAGGAACCCCAACCCUUGGGUAAGGUAACAUCUGGGUCUAACUUUGUCAACGAAGAACAAGAAAUUAAAAGAGAAGGGAAUGAGAAGAUAGAGGACAAUGUUGAUACUGUAAUGGCAUUGACAACAUCUGAGAGCAGUGAUGGAGAGCUAAAAGCACUGAGUGAUAAAACUCCAUAUAGAGAUUCGGCCUACUUCUCUGACUAUGAUGCCGGGAAAGAUAAAGAAAGCGAAGAGGACAUCAAUGAACUCGAAGAUCAAAAAGAUGAACGGGAGGAAAUUAUAGAUAAAGAGCAGCUAGUUCCUCCAAAAAAGGAGGCAGAUGAAGAUGAAUAUCUUCCACCAUCUACAAAGGAAAGUGAAAAAACUUCUGAACUCUCUGAUGAUGCAACCUCAAACAUUCCAUCAAAGAUCAAUGAAGGUAUGUCUGGUUGUGACACAGUCAGUAGUACGUCUCUCUCAUCUCCUGACAAAGAAGCGUCUAACAUAAAAGAUCAUUUUGAUGAUGGUGAAAAUGGUGUAGAUUCAGAUCUUUCUGCAGAACUUGUACCAUCGAAAUCUGAAGUAUCCAAUUCAGACCCAAAGCAAGAGGAAUCUUUCAAACAGGUAGGCAGUGAAGAUAGUCUGUCUCCCGACCAAGAAACCUCUGAGGGUGAUGUUGCAAACACCAAUAUUCCAGAGGCCCUUAUUGAUGAGAAUGAAGAGGGCAUAGUAGAAGAUGUGAGCUGUAUUAUUUCAUCCGAAGAGGAACUAGCAUCUCAUGAGGAAACCGCAGAAAGCAAUAGUUCCCCCACACAUGAGGAACUGGAAUCCAGGAGUAAGGAAGAAGGAGGACGUAAAAGGAGCUCCAUGCGUUCUGGCUCUCCUCCCCCUCCACUAGAAGGACGGGUAUCUCCCACAGAUGGGGAGGAGGCCGAUGAGGAAGAUGGCGACUCUGAGGAUAGCGAUGAGUCCGAUGAGGAGCUGCGCACUUACAGUAUCCAGGAACAGAGCGAAGAAAGUGAUGACGAGAUCUUGACCGUACCCAUCAUUGUGAGCGACUGCAGUGAUGCACACAAACUCAGAAGCCUGCUUAAGAUGCCAACGCUGCUCAAUGAUUCACUGUCUGACGAAAUGGAGAGCAAAAAGAAGGUGGUGUCUUUCUUCGACGAUGUCACCGUCUUUCUGUUUGACCAGGAAAGCCCAACCAGAGAGCUGGCAGAUCAAAGUUUUCCCUUGGGUGGAGAGUCAAGCAAACCAAGUUCAAAGGGUAAAGCACAAAACCAGCAGGAGAAGAUCAAUGCCUCAGAUGAUUCUUCAGAUGGAAACAUCUCAGAAGAGAGUGCAGGAUUUGAAUGGGAAGAUGACUUCCCAUUGUUGCCCCUUCCCACAUCUUCUAAGGGUUCUCCUCCGGACAUCACUACAAAGCAGAGCCUAUCGACUGGCAGUACUAAACCAGUGGCACAGGUCUCCCGUUUUACCGUUUCUCCAUCCAACGUGUCACGUUUCUCCAUCACACAUGUCUCGGAUUCAGAUAUGGAUUCUGCAGGAGUCACCGCUGUACCGACGUGUAAGACUGUUGCGCAGCGACUCGCACGGAGCAGUGAAGAUGGGGAAAGAGAGUAAUUCAUCAUACUACUGCCAACAGUGAGCAGCACCGACAGACUCUUAUCUACUUUGGUUUAUUUUUGAUUGAGGAGAUCACAAUAAGAUGGAGGUUUUGAUCUCUUUAGAAGCCGUUUUUGGAUCCCCCUCAAAGACAGUGCCUCUUAAUGUCAGCAAACAUUUCAGAACAGCCCUUUCGAAAGGGCCCCAGAAGAAAAAAAAAACAUGUGGAAAUGACUAAAACAUGAUAGGAAACACAAACUAAAAUUAAGCGUAUUAUGAAACAGAGUUUGGAUGGAUCUGCUUAGUUUGUAUGGACCUACUGGAAAUUGACUGUGACUGUUUACAACAUCAGAUACUGUAUUUUUGGAAAGUGUUGAAAAGACAUGUCACUGCAUCUAAAAUUGAAUGAGACCAUCUUAGCGAAAUGUAACACUAACUAAACCGAACUGAUUUUUACUGUGAAAUAUCAAUGCAGUGUUGUUUGUCUAGAAAAGGAGACGUUUUAAAAAGGUUUUUAUGACUAAAAUGAAGUUCACGACACACAGCUGCCUUGUGUUUGUCACCUGCCUGAGAGUAGCAUUGUGUUAUGGUGACAUGGCAUUCUGAAAUCACUUUUAUGAUUUUAUUAAUACUCACAGUAGGAUGAUUAGCGAAUCUCUUUCUUCAUAAUUUGAAUGCUUAGUGUUUUAAAUCAUUUUUGUUAUUUAUUUACUUAUUUAGUGCUUCAAUUUAAAUCAGUUUGCACAUGAGGCAUUGUUAUUUUUUGCUAUGUCCCUGUUCUCAUGUUUCACACUUUGACUUAGAAUAUCUGCAGUUAAAUCCAUAAAAUAAAAACAAAAAUAUUACCUUUUUUAAAAUAGUGAAGUUGCAGUAGAAAAGUAGGAAAAAUAAUCUCAAAAAAUAAAUAUUAAACAAUAUUGACAACCUAUUAUGUAACGAAGGAUUUGAUGAUUUGACAUGUAUUUAAUGAUGUUUUUAGGGUGACUACUGGUGAAGAGGGACACUCAAGCAUCAUCAUUAUAUAAGAUGACAUUAUUGUAGCCAUUUGGAUUAUUUGGAUUAUAAAGAAAAAUAAAGGUGAUGACAAAUGAUCAGAAAGUGUUCCAGUUUACCUGUAUUCACCCUAUUAAAUUAUGCUGUACAUGCUUGCUAUGUUUUCAGGAUGGAAGCCGGGUUGUAUUAUGAUCAGGGUGUUAAUCAUAUACUUAAAGAUUGUUAUUUAUUAGUCAACGUUUUAUAUUUCCUUGAACUCUGAAGAACAGAUCAAUGCUUUUAGCAUUGCAAGCCGCAACACGUAACAGACUGUCAUGCUGAAGUAGUUGUUGGACUUUGUUGACCAAUAGGAACAAUUUAAACUGCUGAACAAAAUGGACAUAUGAUAUUGUGUUUUUUUUUCUCAAAUGUUUGGGAAACAACAGAAAGAGGAGGACGAGCCUGCUGAAGUGACUGAGAACAGUGUACAGUACGGAGGGACUCGAUGCUAUCUGCACACUUCUGUGCGUCCGACCAAGCAUAAAUCUCGAUAUGCUACUCUCGAUAUGUUUGUUUGUUUGCCUGUGAAGGCGUUUAUUCUAUGUAAUCGUCUAGCUUAGAUCGAUCUAGACAACAGUCUGUACUAUUUUUGUAUUUGAUUCAACGAUUUUAAACUACUGAAAGAUCAAAUAGGCAUUCAGCAGGUCAAGGGAAAAAAAAAGUGUUUUCUGCCAAAGAAGUGUAUCACGUGAUGUGGCACAAGCCGGAUAUGCGUCCUGUAAGUUAUUCUGAUUCAGAGCAGCGGAUUCACAGAUUUUUUUCCUGGGAAAUUUGCCUGUAUGAUGGUUUUGAAUCACAGUAUUAUAUUAAGCGAGAGUGUAUGUAAUUAUGUUCCUCAAACGUGUCACAAAUUUAGUGAGAAAAAUAAAACUAUUCUGUUGGACGGUU